AUGAAGUUGGACAUAAAGAAAACUUUUAGUAAUAGAUCCGAUAGAGUCAAGGGUAUUGAUUUUCAUCCAACUGAGCCAUGGGUUCUAACAACCUUGUACUCUGGCCGUGUUGAAAUUUGGAACUAUGAGACACAAAUUGAGGUCAGAUCUAUCCAAGUCACCGAAACUCCUGUUAGAGCAGGUAAAUUUAUUGCAAGAAAGAACUGGAUAAUUGUUGGUAGUGAUGAUUUUAGAAUUAGAGUUUUCAAUUACAAUACCGGUGAAAAAGUUGUUGAUUUCGAAGCUCAUCCAGAUUAUAUCCGUUCCAUUGCUGUACAUCCAACAAAACCUUAUGUCUUAUCCGGCAGUGAUGAUUUGACGGUUAAACUAUGGAAUUGGGAAAAUAAUUGGGCUUUAGAACAAACCUUUGAAGGUCACGAACAUUUUGUGAUGUGUGUUGCAUUCAAUCCAAAGGAUCCUACUACAUUUGCCUCGGGAUGUUUGGAUCGAACUGUUAAAGUUUGGUCGUUGGGACAAUCGACUCCAAAUUUUACUUUGACUACAGGACAAGAAAGAGGUGUAAAUUACGUCGAUUAUUACCCAUUACCUGACAAGCCUUAUAUGAUUACUGCAUCGGACGACUUAACUAUCAAAAUUUGGGAUUACCAAACAAAGUCAUGUGUAGCCACUCUAGAAGGCCACAUGUCCAAUGUUUCUUUUGCAGUUUUCCAUCCAACUUUACCGAUCAUAAUUUCUGGCUCUGAAGAUGGUACUCUGAAGAUAUGGAAUUCUUCCACUUACAAGGUAGAAAAGACUUUAAACGUUGGUUUAGAAAGAAGUUGGUGCAUUGCCACCCACCCUACAGGACGUAAAAAUUAUAUUGCAUCCGGGUUUGACAACGGUUUUACAGUACUUUCCCUAGGAAACGAUGAACCAACUUUAUCACUUGAUCCCGUUGGUAAGUUAGUAUGGGCAGGCGGUAAAAAUGCUGCAGCUUCUGAUAUUUUCACUGCUGUUAUAAGAGGUAACGAAGAGGUUGAACAGGAUGAACCACUAGCUCUACAAACUAAAGAACUGGGGUCUGUAGACGUUUUCCCUCAAUCUUUAGCCCAUUCUCCAAACGGGAGGUUUGUUACAGUUGUGGGGGAUGGUGAAUACGUUAUCUAUACAGCUUUAGCCUGGAGAAAUAAAGCGUUUGGUAAAUGUCAAGACUUCGUUUGGGGCCCAGAUUCCAAUAGUUAUGCUUUAAUUGACGAGACCGGGACAAUAAAAUACUACAAAAAUUUCAAAGAAGUUACAUCAUGGUCGGUCCCCUUGCAUUCUGCUAUUGAUAGACUAUUUUCGGGUGCCUUGUUAGGUGUCAAAUCUGACGGCUUUGUUUAUUUCUUUGACUGGGAUAACGGUACACUUGUGAGAAGAAUUGAUGUGAACGCUAAGGACGUGAUUUGGUCUGACAAUGGUGAACUAGUGAUGAUUGUUAACACCAACAAUAGCGGUGAUGAAGCCAACGGCUACACGUUAUUAUUCAAUAGGGAUGCUUACCUUGAAGCAGCAAAUAAUGGUAAUAUCGAUGACUCGGAAGGUGUUGAUGAAGCUUUUGACGUAUUGUAUGAGUUGAACGAAUCAGUUACGUCAGGUAAAUGGGUUGGUGAUGUUUUCAUAUUUACUACGGUUACUAAUAGGUUAAAUUACUUUGUUGGUGGUAAGACUUAUAAUUUAGCCCAUUACACAAAGGAAAUGUAUCUGUUAGGCUAUUUGGCACGUGAUAAUAAGGUAUAUUUAGCAGAUAGAGAGGUGCAUGUUUAUGGUUAUGAAAUAUCUUUAGAGGUCCUUGAGUUCCAAACACUGACUUUGAGAGGAGAAAUUGAGGAAGCUAUCGAAAAUGUUCUUCCAAAUGUUGAAGGUAAGGAUUCUUUGACAAAAAUAGCUAGAUUUUUAGAAGGCCAAGAGUACUAUGAAGAAGCAUUAAAUGUCUCACCCGACCAAGAUCAAAAAUUCGAAUUAGCAUUAAAAGUCGGUCAACUUUCUCUAGCUCGUGAUUUGUUGACAGAUGAAAGUGCAGAGAUGAGAUGGAGAUCACUGGGUGAUGCGUCUUUACAAAGGUUUAAUUUUAAGCUUGCCAUUGAAGCGUUCACAAAGGCACAUGAUCUAGAAUCUUUAUUCCUAUUGCAUUCAUCUUUCAAUAACAAAGAAGGAUUGGUGGCCUUGGCUAAGGAUGCAGAAACAGCUGGUAAGUUCAACCUGGCUUUCAAUGCAUAUUGGGUCGCGGGUGACAUAGAAGGUGCUAAAGAUCUUCUGGUCAAAUCUGAAAGAUUCUCUGAAGCCGCUUUUCUAGGAUCGACGUAUGGUUUAGGUGAUAAUGAAGUUGAUGAUGUUGUUAAAAAAUGGAAACAAUAUUUGAUACUUCAUAAUAAAAAGGCCGUAUCAGAAAGAGUUUGUGAGGCCGAAGGUUUACCAAGCUCUUCGAGCCCAGCCGAUGCUCAACCACUAAUUGAUUUAGAUUCCACUCCAACACCAAAACAAGCAUUCGAAAACGAAAAUGCUGAAGCCGAAGAGAGCGAGUUGAAAGAAUCCAAUUUGGAAGAAGCUAAAGUUGAAGGAGAAGAAGAAAAUACUUCACAAAAACAAGAAAAAGAACAUGAACAUGAACAACAGUUAGAGCAAGGAGAGGUUGUACCAGAACCGGCAGAAGAAGAGAGCUAA